AUGGAAUCAUGCAGCAUGGUGGUGAGCAGCACACUUGCCAUCUUCUUGGUUCUGCAUCUGGGUCUGAUCCCCAUUAUGGCCCAGCAAAGUGAACUACAGACUGGAGUGGCAGGACAGGCAGUGAUCCUGAACUGCGGAGGCAUACCUCAUAAAACAGGGGUUAGCUGGAAACUUAUUUUUUCAAAAGGCAAAGCUACCAUGACCAAUAGAUCGGAAAUUGACCGCAAGACUAAACACCUGAAGGUGUUGGACUUAAGGCUCUCCGAUGCUGGCACCUACACCUGUGAAUCUGACUCUUACAUAGUCAGUAUUUCACUGCAUGUCUUUCAAUUGACAAUUUCUUUAGAUGGGCACUUCCUGCCAAAUGAAGUCCCUGAGCUGACUUUAAUGCAAAGUUCACCCCAUUCUUUACCUGAUCUCACUAUCACGGUGUUUGCCAGUAACAAGAACACAGUAAGAUCAACACUCUCAGAAAACAACACCCGACAGAAGUACAUACUGAAGUUGAAGCAGCUGGAGGCUACGGACAGCGGGACCUGGAUGUGUCACAUCCAUUCAGACUCUCCAUUGAUUAAUCAAAACAUCUCCUUUGAUGUGAAGGUAUUAGGUUUUCAGAAUCCAAAUUUGGAAAGAAAGUACGCAACUGUUGACAGCACUGUCAUCUUGUCAUGGCUCCUGAACUUCCAGAAGAUAAAAUGGAAAGAAGAUUUCACAGGACAACUGAAUUGGAAACAACACGAAAGUGCAACCGCCCAUGAGCUACUUGAUUUCAGUGUCACAGCACGAGGAGAGCAGCAUGAGACCAAAAAAAGCAGUCACUUUUUGUUUGAGAUACCUGAAAGCAAACCUGAAGGUACCAUAAAAGUGAAACUCCCCAAAGUCCAUUUCAACCACUCUGGCCAGUACAAGUGCGAGCUGGCAUACAAGGGAAGAUACGUGCAGAGCACGAUAGAGCUGGUGGUGAUGAAAGUCUCAGCUAGCCAUGUGGGGCCGCUCCCCAGAGGGGCUGAGAUGACCCUGACCUGCCAAGUCUCUCAUCCACUCUCAUCCAACACCCACUUGCUCUGGGAACGUGUGAAUGGAACGCAGAUGGACAUCAAGAAGUCAAAGCAGCAUGAAGUAAAGCUGGAGGUGAACGUCAGUGCUGCAGGGCUGUGGAAGUGUCACCUCAUAGAAGACAAUGACAGGAAGAUCAGCCUUCAUUACCCCGUGGAGGAAACUCCUGUUUGGAAUACCUAUGUGGCAAUUGGAGCAAGUAUUGGUGGCAGUGUAUUAGCACUUGGCCUUGCAUGCCUAUGCAUCAUCAGUAGUAUAAGAUCGCAGCAGAGAAGGCAACGGAGAAAAAGGAUGGCACAAGCAAGACAAUACUUGCUGGAAAACAAGACGUGUCAGUGUCAACG